AGAAUUCUUUUGAAAGUCUGCCAAUUAUUUGAAGUAAAUUUGGUAAAGGAGCAAAAUAAAACAAUCAAUUUCUUAACCUUUACAGUUGCCUUCUUAGGAGUUGGUCUCUAAUUUGAUUUUUAGUUAUUCCAAUACAAUUUUAAUUUUAAGAUUGGCUUUUUGUUUGACUAGACUGGAUUUGACUUAAAUGAAAACCUAAGUGCUAACAAAUUGACAUUUCACCAAAGCAACCUGUUAUCUCUUCACAUUUACCUUGAAUUCAUCUUUAAUCCUUUAACAAUUCACAGUAAUAUUGUCCUAAAGAGGGUGCACUUGGUAUUAAUUUUGCUUUCAGUAUGACGGCUGUCAAUGUUGCCCUGAUUCGUGAUACCAAGUGGCUGACUUUAGAAGUCUGUAGAGAAUUUCAGAGAGGAACUUGCUCUCGAGCUGAUGCAGAUUGCAAGUUUGCCCAUCCUCCAAGAGAUUGCCACGUGGAAAAUGGUCGUGUGGUGGCCUGUUUUGAUUCUCUAAAGGGUCGGUGUACUCGAGAAAACUGCAAGUACCUUCACCCUCCUCCACACUUAAAAACUCAGCUGGAAAUUAAUGGCCGCAACAAUCUGAUUCAACAGAAGACCGCCGCAGCCAUGUUCGCCCAGCAGAUGCAGCUUAUGCUCCAAAACGCUCAAAUGUCAUCACUCACUUCUUUUCCUAUGACUCCGGCACUUGCAGCUAAUCCUGCUAUGACUUUCAAUCCUUACUUUCCUCAUCCUGGGAUGGGCCUGGUUCCUGCCGAACUUUUACCAAAUGCACCUGUUCUGAUUGCUGGAAACCCACCUUUCCCGUUGACAGGAGUUGCUGGUCCAAAACCUAUGCGUUCAGAUAAACUGGAGGUUUGCCGAGAGUUUCAGCGUGGAAAUUGUACCCGUGGGGAGAGUGAGUGCCGCUAUGCUCACCCUACCGAUUUCUCCAUGAUCGAAGUCACUGAUAAUACUGUGACGAUCUGCAUGGAUUACAUUAAAGGUCGCUGCUGCCGGGAGAUAUGCAGGUACUUCCAUCCACCUGCACACUUACAAGCCAAACUCAAGGCAGCUCAUCACCAGAUGAACCAUUCAGCUGCCUCCGCAAUGCCUGGUGCAUAUCAACUGAUACCAAAGAGAUCGGCACAUGAAAAGACCAAUGGAGCCACCCCAGUCUUUAAUCCCAGUGUUUUCCACUGCCAACAGGCUCUGACUAACCUACAGCUCCCUCAGCCGGCCUUUAUCCCUGCAGGGCCAAUACUGUGCAUGGCACCCACUUCAAGUAUUGUGCCCAUGAUACACGGUGCUACACCUACCACUGUGUCUGCAGCAACAGCACCUGCCACCAGCGUUCCCUUCGCUGCAGCAGCUGCAGGCAAUCAGAUACCCCAAUUAUCAAUAGAUGAACUGAAUAGCAGCAUGUUUGUUUCACAGAUGUAGAAGUUACCAGUAGAACAUUGAAAUUCUGAACAGCAGAGUUAUGGAGUAUCAGAAUCUCUCCGUGAGAACUUCCGUAUGGCCUUUCUAUACAUAUUCUCAUAUGUCCUCUUCUACCAACACAGCAAGUGUGGUGCAGUCAAUGUAUUAAGCAAAGCAAACAUACUAGCCAACAAGUUCAAGUAAAAAAUAAAGAAUUAAAAUCAAUGAAGAUAUUAAAACAAAACGCAUAUAGAAAAUUAGUAACUACCAUCCAGCUCAUUUGAAUUAUCAGGUAAAACAUGACCAUAAAACUUUGUGACUUGUUACCUUACUCUUUGUGAUUUUCCAGCAACCGUUAUGCUAAGUGAAUUUCCACAGUGUACUGUUGGCUUACUGUACAUCAUUGGUGGAUAAACAUUUGUCUGUUUUUGAAGUGUUACGUUACUAUUUUGUUUACACAGUAGUCUGUUGGGUUGGUUUAGAAUGUAACAAAUAUAUCUACUACCAUUUUCCUUGUUACUGUAUUGUAUUGUGUUGUUUUUACAUACUAUAGUGUUUUGCUGUAUAUGUGUGGUGUUUGAUUUCAAGUAAAAUGUUAUUAAUGGAAAACAA